AUGACUCACAAACAUAUUCUUAUUGUCUCUGGAUUGUGUGAAAUUUGUUUUGCCAUUUCUCUCGGAUGGUAUUUGGCCAUGAGCAUUGCCAAUCGAUCCAAAAAGACUGCCUCUCCACCACUUUUCAACUUUCGUCGAGUGGUUCAAGCUCACAUUGAUUUCAUUCUCAUGGGAAUGUUGCAAAUGAUUGUUGCUAGCGUUACGAGCGAGCUCUCCAUUCCAAAUUGGGUGGUGUACAUUUAUGUAUUUGGUUCUUGGGCCAAUGCAUUUUCGUUUUUAAUUUUUGCAGUUUCUGAGAGUUAUGUGCAAUACAUGAGUGUGAAAAUUUAUUCAGUGAUUAGUUUCUUAAGCUUGACCAUUGCAUACCCUUUUUUUGCUUAUCAAUAUAUCCAUCAAUACUUGUUGUAA